UGCCGUAAGUGAUGCUGGCGGCGGUCGCGGCAGGCUGUGAGGGGGUUGGAGGUGCUGGAGGAUGGGGCGCUGCUACCUGUUUGGUCUGAGCUUGCUCCUCGGGCUGCUGAGGGCUGGCCGGGGGCUGCAGAACGUCACCGCCCAGCUCUUCGGGGCCGAGGCCUUCGGGACCCUGGCGGCCUUCGGGGACUUUAACUCGGAUAAGCAGACGGACCUGUUCGUGCUGAGGGGCGGCAAUGAAUUACUUAUCUUUCUGGCAGACCAAAAGGAGCCGUAUUUUAAACCCAAAGUCAAGUUGUCAAUAAAUCAGGGUGUCAUAACCAGUGUGGUUCCUGGAGAUUAUGAUGGUGAUUCACAAAUGGACGUCCUUCUGACAACAAAACCACAAAAUCACAUCACUAAUGAAUUAUCGGUUAUUAUUUUCUGGGGACGCAAUCAAACAUUAGAUUCUAAUCGUAAGACUGUGUUAAAUAAAACUUUUCAUGAUGAGCCUCUAAUUAUGGACUUCAAUGGUGAUUUAAUUCCUGAUGUCUUUGGUGUCACAAAUGAAUCAGAUAGACCUCAGAUACUGCUAGGCAGGAAUUUAUCAUGGCAUCCUGCAUUGGACACUAAGAGUAAAAUGUACAUACCGCACUCUCAUGCAUUUAUAGAUUUGAAUAGAGACUUCACUGCAGGUAAUGACUGGGAUUCCAGUGCACAGAUACUAGUUGGAAGGUAUAGCAGCAAAAGCUAUCCGUAUAAGAUGAGAGUAAAAUGCCUGUAUGAAGAAAUCCUAUUCAGCAGCAGCUGCAUAGAUCUGUUUCUUACUACAUUAGCAAGUUCCCAAAAAAUUCAGUUUGAAACAUGGGUAAAUAAGGAUGGGAAUUUCUCCAAAGCCACAGACAUAAAGCAAAAACCUGAAGACACGAUGGUUGUUGGACAAUCAGUGUUUGCCGAUUUUGAUGGGGAUGGGCAAACUGAGCAUUUACUGCCAGCCUGUGCUGAUGUAACUUGUCAAAAAAGUGCCAUCUACUUAUCUAAACCAGGACUGAAUCAGUGGAUACCAGUUUUACAGGACUUCAGAAAUAAGGACACACUCUGGGGUUUUGUGCCGUAUAAAAACAAUCAAUCCUCCGUUCCAAUUACUCUUCACAUUGGAGAUUACAAUAUGGAUGGCUACCCAGACGCUCUUGCCAUACUAAGGAAUACUUCUGGAAGCAAUCAGCAGGCAUUUUUAUUAGAGAAUGUCCCAUGCAACAAUGCAAGCUGCAGGAGCGUACAUCGUAUGUUUAAAGUCUACUGGGAACUCUCUGAUCUAAAUCAAAUCAAAGAUGCUGUGGUGGCAACCUUCUUUGACAUUUAUGAAGAUGGAAUCUUGGAUAUCAUUGUACUAAGCAAGGGCUAUUUCAACAGUGAAUUUGCCAUCCACACAUUAAAGAAUAACUUUGAAGCAGAUGCUUAUUUUGUUAAAGUUAUUGUUCUUAGUGGCCUCUGUUCUAACGAUUGUCCUAGUAAAAUAACACCCUUUGGUGUGAAUCAGCCUGGACCUUAUAUCAUGUACACAACCGUAGAUGCAAAUGGGUAUCUGAAAAAUGGUUCAGCUGGACAACUUAGCCAGUCAGCUCAUUUCGCUCUCCAGUUGCCUUACAAUGUGCUAGGUUUGGGACGCAGUGCUAAUUUCCUUGAUCACUUAUAUGUUGGCAUUCCUCGUCCUUUAGGAGAAAAGUCCGUAAGAAAACAGGAAUGGACAGCUAUCAUCCCGAACUCCCAACUUAUAGUCAUUCCAUAUCCACACAACGUUCCUCGAAGCUGGAGUGCCAAGCUGUACCUGACCCCAAGUAACAUUGUGCUGCUCACAGCUAUAGCCCUAAUUGGUGUCUGCGUUUUUAUCUUAGCAAUAAUUGGCAUAUUGCACUGGCAAGAAAAGAAAGCAGAUGACAGAGAGAAACGACAAGAAGCCCAUCGGUUCCAUUUUGAUGCUAUGUAACAUGCCUUAAGAUCUAUGAAGAAGCUGCUAUUUAUUUGCUUAAUCAAAAUACGAAAUUCCAAUUUGUAAAGGAGAUCGGGGGAGGUGGGGUAUUGUUAGUGUGUUGUUUGUAAAUGUUGCAUUCUUUGGUAUUUAUUUGAAAAUCACUAAAAUCAUACCUGAAUGUCUCAAUACGAGCUUUCAGUAAACAGUUUGUAUAUACUGGCAGUUAUUGGCCUUUAUUUAACAACGCUGUCAAUUUAUUUUUCUUAGUAAGGGAUCAUAUUGCAUGUGUUCCAAUGUUUACAUACUGCCACUUCUUCCAGUACAACAUUUGAUGGAAAAGAAGUCACAUGUAAAUAAAGUUAGUAUUUCAGUGAGAAGAAUCCUUUAGUGCCAGUUGAAUUGGUCUUGUCAUUUAUACAUUUCUGCAAUAUAAAUUAUAUUUCUGUAAAUGAACCUAAUGCAGAUUUUCAUAUGAGACAUUUUACAUCAAUUACUAUAACUGUACUCUUGGGGUGUUUGAUCUAAAGUGUCUAGAUCUUUUUUUCCUUUGUUUUAGUACUUACAUGCAAUAGAGAAUUUAUUUACUGAAUGACUAAAAUAAAUCUACAAAGCUAAUAGCCAAAUAACCAAUCAUUGGACAUCUGUACUGUUGAUGUAUAUUAGUUCUAGGCAUGAAGCAUUCAAAUUUAAAAAAAUAAAUAAAAUCUAAGUUUAUACUGAAAUUAAUCAUCAUAAUCCAAAAUAUGUAAAAAUUAUGCCUUCCAAGAAUGGAUGGGAUCAGAAGAAUUUCGCUUGAGUAUUGAUUGAUGCAUAUCAAUGUGACUAUACUUAAAUUUAAUUAUGAAAACAAAUGGCCAUCAAAAUUAUGAAUGGAAUUUGAUUUUCUUGGGGAGAAGCUUAAAGAAAAACCUGUAAGGGAGACUGGGGUUGAUUCCUAUGUUUGGCCUGCUUGUUUCCAUCCCAAAGGCCAUUGAUGAUUAAGGGCUGAGGUAUUCUAUGGUUCAUAUAAAGUCCUUGAUGUAAACUUCUUACAUGAGAGCAUGUUAUGCUACUGUUCCCACAGUCUGUCGGAAGAGAGUGAUGAUUAUGUCUGAAGAGAAGCUCAGUUCUGUAUAUUCAAAAUGUCAAUAGCUUUCCAUCAUUCAGAUUACACUGCAGCAAUGGUAAUACAUAUUCCCUAAGAACCAUCAUGCUUUUGUUUUAUGUAAUAGAGUUUUCCUUUGUUCUUAAAAGGGUUUGCAUUUACAUGAUUCUGUGUAUUUAAAUCUGUUAAUGUGCAUUCAUAAUAAAUGUUUAUUAAAUCAA